AUGGAAUCUGAGGGAGUGUCACUACCGUUGAUCCACAAGCAUCUCGUGGUGCUUUGGAAUGAUAUGAGAAAAGGUGAUUGUUGUGGACGCUUUGAAUCUAUAACCGAUGGCUUCUACUGCAAGACAUGUGAUAUUUUCAUCCACAAGAAAUGUGGGGAGUCCUCUAAAGCUAUUCAACACCCAUCUCACCCCAACCACACUCUUUGGCUUGGAUCUAGACCACAUAACUAUUGUGAUUCAUGUGGAAGGAAUGUUGUGAAUCUAUGCUAUCGUUGUGAGAUCUGUGACUUUGACAUGGAUCUUUACUGUACCAAUAACCCACCACCAGAGGUUAUUAACAUUUCCGACACUCACGGUCACAAACUCACCCUUCUCAAGGAAUGGAUCCUGUUCGACUGUUCUAAAUGUGGGAAGAAUGGUUAUAGGUUUCCUUACAAAUGUCAUGAAUGUGAUGUAGCAUUCCAUGUGGAUUGUGUAUGGCAUCCAUCAGCACUAGAUCAUCUAACAGAGGUAAACCACUCGUACCACUCCUCGCAUCCUCUUAAGCUUCUCAAAGGUGAUCUACCAGACUAUUGUGAUGGACGAUGUCGUCUUUGCGGAAGAACAGUUGAUAGAUUGUUUUAUCAUUGUUCUUCUUGUAACUUCACCUUGGAUAUGGGUUGUGUUUUGAACCCACCACCACAUUCUCUUGUGAAUUUGAAAGCUCAUGAUCACCAACUCACCCUUCUUCAGAGACUCGACUCUUUUACAUGUAAUGCUUGCGGGCUGAAGGGAGAUCGAAGCCCUUAUAUAUGUGUUCAAUGUGGUUUCAUGAUCCAUCAAGACUGUCUUGGCCUUCCGUGUGUCAUAAACAUCAAUCGACAUGAUCAUCGUGUUUCUCGGGCUUCUGUUCUUGGUGUUGUGAAUUCUGUGUGUGGAGUUUGCCGCAAGAAAGUGGACUGGACUUAUGGGGGUUAUUCUUGUCAAAGGUGUCCUGGUUAUGUUGCAUUCGAAAUGUGCUACUAG